GCAGGGCCGGGAGCAGAGUCCGGCUGUCUGCCGCCGGCUGCGCCUGUUUUCUGCUCCUUUGGGUCCGCCGCUAGGCGUGCGGUCCUCCGCCCCACCGCCGGCCCUCGGUGCGCCUGGCAGCCGUGUGGUCCACAGAAGGAAAUCCUGGAUGCCGAUGGGGAGAGGCAGCUUUGGCAAGAUGAUUCAGCCAAGAGACCAUGGCAAUGGGAGGAGGCAGGGAAAAUGGAUGCAAUCACAGGACUUGGAUGUUGUCCAGCUUCAACGAAUGGCUUUGGCAGGAGCGGUUCUGGUUGCCGCCCAAUGUCUCAUGGGCCCAUUUGGAGGACAGGGAUGGCCUGGUCUUCGCCCACCCCCGGGACUUGCUUGUGGCCCUGCCCCUGGCCCUGGUUCUACUGACCAUGCGCAUCGCCUUUGAGAGGUUUGUUGGCCUGCCUCUGAGCCAGUUUUUGGGUGUGCGGGAUAAGACCAGGAGGCCGGUGAAGCCAAACUCCACACUGGAGAGAUAUUUCCUGAAGAAAGGACAGAGCCCCAAGGAGCCCCAGCUGGCUCUCCUGGCCACCCAAUGUGGCCUCACACUACGGCAGACCCAGCGCUGGUUCCGGAGACGCAGGAACCAGGAUCGGCCCUACCUAACCAAGAAGUUCUGUGAGGCCAGCUGGAGGUUUGUCUUCUAUCUAUGCUCCUUUGCUGGUGGCUUCUCAGUCCUCUACCACGAGUCAUGGUUGUGGACAGUAACAAUGUGCUGGGACAGUUACCCAAAUCAGACCAUGAAGCCAGCCUUGUACUGGUGGUACCUCCUGGAGCUGAGUUUCUACAUCUCCCUGCUAAUCACACUGCCCUUUGAUGUCAAGCGAAAGGAUUUCAUGGAGCAGGUGGUACAUCACUUCGUGACCAUCACCCUGAUUACCUUCUCCUACAGCGCCAACCUGUUGCGCAUCGGCUCUCUGGUGCUGCUGCUGCAUGAUUCUGCCGACUUCCUGCUGGAGGCCUGUAAGAUGUUCAACUACACGCCCUUCCGGACAGCGUGCAACGUCCUCUUCAUCAUCUUCUCCUUGGUUUUCUUCUAUACUCGCCUCGUGCUUUUCCCUACCCAGAUCCUCCACACCACGUACUAUGACUCCAUCAGGGAGUGGAGCCCCUUCUUCGGCUACUACUUCUUCAACACACUUCUGAUGCUGCUGCAGCUGCUGCACGUGUUCUGGGCUUGCCUCAUCCUGCGCAUGCUCUUCAGCUUCGUAAAGAAGGGCCAGAUGGAGAAGGACGUGCGCAGUGACGUGGAAGAGUCAGACUCCAGUGAGGAAGAGGCAGCAGAGUCCCAUGAAUGUCCACAGCUCAAGAACGGGGCAGCUCGAGGGCAUGGGGCAGCACCUAUUGACGGCCCUCGGAGCCGCGUGGCUGGGCGGCUGGUCAAUGGGCACACAUCAGCCACAUAACCACUGGCCAAGGGUGGCUGCGAGGGGCCUGGACUGGUGGCCCUUGGGCUAGCUCCAGGGAGACAGGGAGGGCCCCAGCCAGUGCAGGCAGGGAGGGCCGAUGAUCUGUCUCUAGCCCUUUCCUUCUGCUCAUCCUCCCUCCCUCCUUCCCUCUGAGCAACUGGACUGAGCCAAGAGGCAGGAGCCCCAGACUGAAAGGGGUCCAAUAAAACUUGAACAGAGCUAAAUUCUUUGCCUGA